AGUAUCCUAGACUACUCGCUAAAUAGGGGUACUGUAUGCAUGCCAAGACUGCAGUCGGCACCUUAUGGAAUUGUCGUUUCUUCUGUGAAAUGACAUGUCUCUUUCUCAUAUGGAAUUUAAAUAGAAUGAGAGGACUUUUCAUCAUGCUCGCAUUUCUUUACACCAUGUGUCGGUUUCGAAACCAUGUGUUGGCUUCAUCUGAUGAUCACAUCUUUUAAUUGCUAAAAUCCUGCUUUCCCAUGGCUUAUUUUUAGAAUACCAAACUCAUUAACUCAUGGUGACGGGACGGAUAUCGAUUCAGUAGCCAGCCAAGCCUGACGAUUUGUAGGUUAAUAGUUAUGCUAUCUCCAUACCAUUUUAAAAUAUAGGCUAUGGAUCAUACACAUACACUGUAGGCUACAGCCUAGAAUAUUCGACGUUCAUUUUUUUCCGCUUAUGAAUAUUUUAUUUAACAGCGAGCAACGACUGUAGAAACCGGAGGGUGUGGACGGCUGGUAUGUGGAGACUGGGUGGAGAGAUUUUACAUUACCAUGGCGACUGUGGUGAUGGAGCAGAUCGGUCGACUGUACUUCAACGCCCAGCAGCUGCGCCAGAUCCCUCGUCUGCUGGAGUCGGCCUUCCCCACGCUGCCAUGCACCGUCAAGGCGUCCGACGUCCCCUGGGUGUUCCGCGAGCAGCACAUCCUCGGCGGCUACCGCCAGCCAGACCACAGCUGGCGGUACUACUUCCUCACGCUCUUCCAGAGGCACAACGAGGCCCUCAACGUGUGGACGCACCUCCUGGCCGCCCUCGUCAUCCUGGCCAAGUGCCGGGAGAUCUCCGAGAUGGUGGACUUCCUCCGGGACCCCCACGCCCAGCCCCUGUUCAUCGUCCUGCUCUCCGCCUUCACCUACCUGUCGUUCAGCGCCCUCGCUCACCUGCUCUCCGCCAAGUCCGAGCUCUCCCACUACACCUUCUACUUCCUGGACUACGUGGGCGUGGCCAUCUACCAGUACGGCAGCGCCCUGGUGCACUUCUACUACGUCAUCGAGGAGGAGUGGCACGGCCGGGUGCGAGGCGUCUUCCUGCCCGCCUCCGCGUUCCUGGCCUGGCUGUCUUGUUUCGGCUGCUGCUACGGUAAGUACGCCAGUCCGGGGCUGCCCAAGUUUGCCCACAAGCUGUUCCAGGUGGUGCCCUCGGGCCUGGCCUACUGUCUGGACAUCAGCCCCGUGCUCCACCGCAUCCACAGCUGCUACCAGAAGGGCUGCUCCGACCCGGCCGUGGCCUACCACCGCUACCAGGUUCUCUUCUUCCUGAUCAGCGCCUACUUCUUCGCCUGUCCGCACCCCGAGCGCUGGCUCAAGGGCAGGUGCGAUUUCUUCGGCCAGGGCCACCAGAUCUUCCACGUGUUCCUGGUGCUGUGCACCCUGGUUCAGAUAGAGGCGGUCCGCAUCGACUACUUUGAGCGCCGGCCCUUGUACGAGAGUCUCCACGGCGACCUGGCCCAUGACGCGGUGGCGCUGUUCAUCUUUACGGCGUGCUGCUGCGCCCUUACCGCUUUCUACGUGCGCAAGCGCGUCCGCGCCACACUCACCGAGAAGGUGGAGUAGGCGCGAAGGACGGACGAAAUUCAAGCAUGGCUCGGAUCGCUUUUACAACAAGAUUCCUGACCAAAAGAAACCAGCCGUUUGUGUCGUUCAAAUAUAUCCGUGUAUGAUAACAGUGACUUUAUCUUUAACCUUUUUUUUUUUCGUUGUACGUGUGGCUUGCCAAACUACAUUUACCUGGCAACUUACGGAGCGUGUGUUGACUGAACAGUGUCGGUAUUUGUACAGCACUGAUUGUCACACUCCAAAAACGUUUUUUGCACUCAUCACUGACUCAUUCUGGUCAGUUACCCAGAACUGGAAGGACUUAGUGACAUCACCAAGCAUGCAAUAAACUGUUAAUGUAUGCAGAAAGAACCAACAGAACCACCAAUCAGGCUGUAAGGACUAUUACCACGAUUUGAUUUUGAAGGCAAAUAGAUUUCCCAAUGAAAUUGUUGUGCCAGAAUUUAACCAGUUAAUUUUGAAGUUCUGUGAUGAUCCAGCUCUGGUAAACUUCUCCACGAGCUGCAAUCGAUUGGCUCUUUCCCCCCACAGCUGUCAAACACUGUAGUGUUUCCCUUCAUUAUUCCCUCGGGCUCCAACUCAUGUCUUUUGGCCUCCAAGCUGUAACGCUGUCAGUUUGAUGGAGACCCGUGUCCAGGGCACCCUGUCAAACAUCAGCCUCGAGCUGGGGAAACAAAGCACCCAAUUUGCAAACCAAACCUCUGACCUCUCAUCUGAAACCCUCCUUUUGACAGGGGAUAGAUAGACAGAAUGGCACUGGCACUCGGAAUUUGCUGGUAGGGGCAAAGACAGAUAGGAUUUGUUGUCCAGGAUUUACUAUGAUGUCUCUUUGUUUUUGUUGUUGAUAAUGUUUCUUUUGUACUCAAAGGGCUGGAACUCUCAGCUUUUGCCUUUCACCCCCCAUGAUGUCAAUGCCUUUGGGUAUGUUGUUUAGUCACUGAUUGUUCAUUGACUUGACUUCAUGCACCGAACAGGCUGUCUGAAUAUGGUGAUAUGACCUGUCCGUUUGUAAGUCUGUGUAUGUGUGUCUGUGUGUUUGGGAAUGAAUGUGCCUUGAUGCAUGUCUUGUUUAGUUUAAUGUUGAUGUGUUUCAAAGUGUGCACUGUUUGAAUACCUGGCCUUGCAUUUCUCUUUGAUUUCGUCACUGUAGUCCUCCCCAGGUGCCCUUCCCUUGGAACCCAGUCUAGGUUGAAGUUGGAAUGCUCUGUUUACAGCGGAACACUCUAUAUGUUCUUGCUUGAAGUCAUAGAAAUAGGUCUGCGAACAUUUGGCCAGCAAAAUGUGCAUCAGCGCCAAUUGUUACAUUGAGGCCAUGAAAAAGUCCACGUAUAUCAGUGAAACGAGAUGUUCUGUGUUGUGGUCUUAGAUACCCACCAGUGCAUACCACGCUGUGAAGCCCUCAUGGCGGUGGAAACUGGUUCGGCUCUUCUCCACUUUGUACACCAACACUGGGAGGGUUGGGAGGUCCUUAGAUCAGGGUCCCUUUUUGUUCUCUUAGGUUAGAUGACACCUUUUGUUGUGAAAUGACAGGCACAGCUGGCUGAUGAUGUCACUCAAAGAGACGCGAAGGACAGGGUUACCCACGCGUGCUCAUUGGCCGAUUGAAUGAGGAAGGCACCAAUAACAUUUGCACACUACCGUAUGUAUAUGAUUUAGUCAUGUGGUUCGUCAGCACCGACUGCUAAAGAUGGAAAGCGUUGGACUGAUGAUGUCGUACUGUGUGAGAAGCACGUUUAGAAAAAGGGUGUAACCUUUAUGGUUACUUUAUGGUUAACUGGGUAACACGCUUAACAUCAAAUUGCUCUUUUUCAUGUCUAGUAACGCUGUAAUUUUUCACAAUUAUUGAUUCAAAUAACUUUAUUAAUAAGACGUUACACUGUCAAAUGGAUCAGUACUACAGCAGUAAUGCCACACAAUUUAUUUCAAAGUUGCCAUAAAGUUAUUUCUAACUCAGUGUAUCAAUACAAUUACAACACAGCCUUAAUUACAGCCUUAUUACACAAGUAAGAACAACCGUAUAAUUAACUGUACUCUGAGCUUUAUGUGAAACCUACAGCUGGUAACAAAACUGAAUUUCACUGUCUUGCACGGACCCUACUGUAAUAUUAGACUGGUCUCCAAACGAUAACAAGACUCACUUCUUGUGUAUUCUGAAGCAGAUUGUGGUGAGAAGAAAAACAGAAUGUCUUGCCUGUUAAACAUGCCUGUAAUGUGUGAUAAUGACUGUAUUCAUAUUCUGUGACCUUUAAGUAAAUAAGUGAGUGUUAACUUA